AUGGCAUCGAAAUGGAGCGCUACUGCAUCUUGGUAUUCUCACCCAGUAUAUGCCAGAUACUGGCGACAUUAUCACCAUGCCAUGUUUUGGCUGCGAAGCCACCAGAAUGCCUACAGGAAGUCCAGGGAUUCCUAUUUCUCUUCCCUGUGGUUCUGUCCUCCUGGAGUUCUUCCCUGGAACUCUCUUGCUUAUGGGGCUAGGCAUCCUUGGAACUUUCAAGGCCAGCACACGGCCUGGCAGGAGCCUCCCUACCGUGUUCCACAUCUCCAAAGCUCUGGGCAGCCUCUGUACCAUAGCAGCAGAGCCCAGGCCUCCCCAAGAGAAGGUGAAGCCCCGCACGAAGAGGAAGAGAUGGAGUCCGAUUCAGAUGACGAAGUCGAAUGUGACGUGAGCAGUAUGGAAAUCACCGAGGAGCUCCGCCAGUACUUUGCAGAGACCGAGAGGCACCGAGAGGAGCGGCGGCGACAGCAGCAGUUACACGUGGAGCGCCUGGAAGACUAUGUGAAUGCCGACCACGGCCUGUACUACACCCGCCGCCGGUCAGCGGAGCCCCCAUCCGAGAAGCCCGGGGAGCAGCGCCGAGCCGAGAUGCAGCGCCUGUGUGGGGACAGUGCUCCCAAGAUCCUGGCCAUGGAGGCUGCUGUGCAGCUGAGCUUUGACAAGUACCGUGACAAAAAGCAGCCGAAAUACUGGCCUGUCAUUCCCCUGAAGUUCUGAGUCCUGGGCACAGGGACCCUAGGGAGUGCCUCCUGAACACAGUUCCUGGCCUUUCCCUCUUACCUUUGGAGUGUUCUCUUUGUCUCUCCUUCAGAGAAGGAGGCCUGUAUGCCGACACAGUGGAUGUAAUCUGUCAGCCACUUAGAAUUCGGUCAGCAGGAGGUGUACUGUUGCCAACACAAGGAAUGCCAUAAAGUGAUAAUUGUGUAUAUUGUACUGGCUCUUGAUUUGCUCUCUAAUAGUUCAUUGAAAUUCUUGCCUAGAGAUACUGUCUAGUGGUUUGCGUUUGUAAUUUCCUUCUUUAACCUCUGAGUGUCACAAAAGCCUGGAACCACAUGUCAUUCCCUUUUUUAUUUUUUAUUUUUUUUAGACUAGUUCUCAUAUAGCCCAAGCUGGCCUCAAACUCUUCAACCCUCCUGCUUCCACCCCCCCCCCCCAACUGCUAGCUUACAGGUGUGCGCCCCAUUCUAGGCUCUAAUCCGCAUGUUCUCACUGACUGUGACCCCUGGAUCCCUCCGAGAAUGAUGCAAGUGUACAGUAAGAAAUGCCACUUGUCACUCGGCUAGCUGACAGCCUGAGUGCUCCAUAAAAGGCCUGAAAGUAAAUACUUUGGGCUUGGCAGGCCAUGUGGUCUGUCUCAGAACUACCUAACCCUGACUUUAUAGCAUAAAAACAGCCAUGGAUACUGAGUAAACAAAUGGAUGUGACUCUAUUCCAAUAAAACUUUAUUUGUAAAAUUAAAAAAAAAAAAAGAAAAUAGAUUCCUUUCUCAUA